CCUGUCCCGACCCUGCCAUCGUCUGAGAGUGCGUCUUGAGACCACUCCAGGCCGGCGGGCGCUCGGAUUCCAGCUAUGUCUCAAGGGGGCCCGGCUCAUUUGUCCGUAGCCAUUUUGGCUCAAGCUCAAGCCGCUCUAGUUCAGGCCAUUCGCUACACAAGUGCGGCCGAAAAUAUUGCCACCCUUACCCUUGUUAACCCAUAGGCGUUCCUUGCGCCAUGGCUCGCAGUCUGAUUCAAUGCCUGCUGACUGUGCUCUUGCUUUUUGCAGGUCGUGCGAGCGCCGUGCUUCAUGGAGGCCGCACUGCUUACCGAUCCGCACUGCGCGGCAAGCACGUCUCGAGGACACUCGUGUCGAAUACCACGGACGGCAAAGUGUUCUGGCGUUCCACGGUCUGCGUGAAUGGCCAGUGCAGUACGACCGAAUCAACGACAGCUCCUGAUCAGCUCAGGGAGACGUCGGGCUUGGACGGGGAGCUUGACCGUGUUGACAACAUGUUCGGCAGCGACUUCACCCGCACGGAUGGCAUCUUCGGUGAACUUUUUCCCGUCGUGGACGAUUUGUUUGGCAGCCCGUUUGACGGUUUCUUUGGCAGCAGUUCACCCCGCUUGGACGCCAUCUCUGGCAACAAUUUCAGCCAGAUAUUUGAUGAUGCGGCGAUGCCUAUGCUGACGGGCAACCUAUCGGUCGAUGGAGCCGGGAUGGGCAAGAUCAAUGCCACCUCGACCUCUUCUAGCAUCGAGCAGAUCCUCGGAGAGGACGGCCAGGUUCAUUACACGAUGACGACUUGCAGCAAUGGUGAGUGCAAAACCGUCACAGGAGAAGGGCGACCAGACGAGCAGGCAGCGAGCAAGCUUCGGGCGAAGCCAUCAGAUGUUUAAUUUGACCAUGUGCGCUUUAGGUGGGCCGUGUUCUCACGCAAAGACCAUAACAGACCAUGAUCACGUUUACUAGCAGAGCCUGGGGGAAAAAAAG